CCCAGCUCUAGGUCAUUUGUGAAAAAUAAAAUCGAAGCGCAGCGUCUUGUCCAUUUAAAAGAUUUAAAUAUAAAUAAUUUAAAUAAUAUCGUGAAGUACUGUAAAGCGAGAAGUGAAACGCAGAGACAAGUAUAACAUUAUGUCGCUGCUCAUGACCAUAAGCAGUUACAAUAGAUAUCUUUAGACAGUUCUGUGUCUAAUGGAUGACAAUUAGAACUUGUGAGAUUUGCCGUUCCCUUCCAACAGAUCUUAUACACUUCCAAACCGAGACGCAAACAGAUAGAGGCACGCCUAUUUUUGCCGGAUAACAGAUCCUUUGAGUCCCAGGAGAAGCGGACCUGAAAUGCAUGUUCUAUUUUGUCUGAUGCUUGCUACUGCAGCAACAAUAAAUCUGGCAAAUGGUGCACGAGCAACAGGAUUUGGUACGGGAACUCACGUGCGAUUGGAACGCGCCCCAACGGUGGUCAACUUCACCAACGACGCCGGCGAUGGCAUCGAUACAGGCUUAAACACAGAUCGAAUCAAAAACUUCAGCAGCAUUAUCACAAAUGUUGCCAAAUUCGACACUCAACUUAACCAUUUGCUGGUGGAUAGUAUCACCGGCCGGGUGUUUGUCGGUGGCGUGAAUCGUUUGUUCCAGUUAUCACCUGAUUUGGAGCUCCACGAGACAGUUCGAACAGGGCCGCAUAAUGACUCGGUGGAGUGCAGUAUAUUGGAUUGUCCGCUGAAUGCAGUCCGCAAACCCACAGACAAUUACAAUAAGGUGCUGCUUAUCGACCGCGCCACCUCCCGUCUGAUCGCCUGCGGCUCUUUAUUCCAGGGCACGUGCACUGUUCGCAACCUACAAAAUGUCAGCAUUGUAGAGCACGAAGUGCCCGAUGCGGUGGUCGCCAAUGAUGCCAACUCCUCGACAGUGGCCUUUAUUGCUCCAGGUCCACCACAGCAUCCGGUCACUAAUGUUAUGUAUGUAGGUGUUACGUACACAAAUAACUCACCCUACCGCAGUGAGAUACCAGCAGUGGCAUCGAGAUCUCUUGAAAAGAGCAAGAUGUUUCAGAUCGCCUCCUCCGCGGUGACAACUGGCACUCGCACCUUUAUAAACUCUUACGCUCGAGAAACCUAUUUUGUUAACUACGUGUACGGGUUUAGCUCGGAGAGGUUUUCAUAUUUUCUCACAACUCAGUUAAAACACAGCCAUCACUCAUCCCCAAAGGAGUACAUCACCAAGCUGGUGCGCAUUUGCCAGGAGGACUCCAACUACUAUUCCUACACAGAAAUACCAGUUGAAUGUAUCAGCGACGCUCAAGGAGGCACCAAAUUCAACUUAGUUCAGGCCGGUUUCUUGGGCAAGCCCAGCUUGGACCUAGCCCAGAGUCUAGGUAUUUCCAUUCAAGACGAUGUUCUCUUUGCCACCUUCUCAAAGGGUAAAAGUAAUAGCAACGUUCCCAGCAACAACUCGGCGCUUUGUAUCUACUCGCUUAAGUCAAUUCGACGUAAAUUCAUGCAGAAUAUUAAGUCUUGCUUCAAUGGCAACGGAAUGCGAGGACUUGACUUUAUAUCACCCAGCAUGUCUUGUGUUCUAACGAAACUUCAAACUAUUGGAGAAGACUUUUGCGGUCUAGAUGUGAAUUCGCCUCUAGGCGGAGAGAACCCCAUUACUUCCGUACCAGUUGCAAUGUUUAAUACGAGACUAACCGCUGUGGCAGCAACCAGUACCAGCGGUUACACAGUCGUCUUCAUUGGUACGGGCAACGGUUACAUCAAAAAGGUUGUUGUUGAGUCAUCGACCAUGGCCAAUGAGUAUGCCAGUUUACCAGUGGACGAAGGGUCGGCCAUCAAUCAGGAUAUGCAAUUUGAUAACCAGAACCUAUACAUAUACGCCAUGUCGGAGCGACGAGUAUCCAAAGUAAAAGUGUUCGACUGCGCCGACUACAAAACAUGCGGCGAGUGUCUGGGUGCCAGGGAUCCGUACUGUGGUUGGUGCUCAUUGGAGAAUAAGUGCAGUCCUCGCUCCAAUUGCCAGGACGAUGCUAACGAUCCCCUUUAUUGGGUUAGCUACAAGACUGGCAAAUGCACGACCAUCACCAGCGUGGUACCCCACCAGUUGCAACGCACCACUGCCCGCACAUUGGAGCUGAUCAUCGAUCAUCUACCGCAGCUGAAGGAGAAUUUGAUCUGCGCCUUCACAACGGAGGAUAAAGCUCUGUUUACUAAUGCGACGAAGAAACGAAAUGGCGUAAAUUGCACCACGCCGCGGACAGACAUGCUGCCGCAAAUUGAGCAAGGGAAGCACCACUUUACGGCAAAACUCUCAGUACGCACAAGGAACGGACCCGACUUGGUAUCUACCGACUUUACCUUCUUUGACUGCAGUACCCACUCGUCAUGCACGCGUUGCGUGUCCUCGGAGUUUCCAUGCGAUUGGUGCGUGGAGGCCCAUCGAUGCACACACGAUACCGCGGAGAACUGUCGCAACGACAUUUUGGUUACAGGAGUAAGCCGCAUAGGUCCCAGUUACCGAUCCGGCCCAGGCUUUUGCCCUACAAUCAAUGCCACUGGCGAUGGUAGCGAGGUGCUUGUGGCGGCCGGUACUAGCAAGUCUAUCAAAGUGAAAGUGCAUAUCAUUGGACAGUUUAUUGUGCAGACGCGAUUUGUAUGCCAGUUCAAUAUUGAGGGUCGCGUAACAAGUCUCAACGCACAACUGCUUGGAGAUACAAUUUAUUGCGAUAGCAUGGAGUUCCAGUAUACGUCAAGGUCUCCUAACUUAACCGCCACUUUCGCUGUCAUCUGGGGAGGAUCAAAACCACUGGAUAACCCCCAUAACAUUCAUGUUGUCAUUUAUCGUUGCCGCGACAUGGCUGACAGUUGCGGUAUUUGCCUAGCAUUGGCCGAAAAAUACAAUUGCGGUUGGUGCUCGUCUACCAACUCUUGCGAGGUGGAGGAACAGUGUAAUAAGAACAACGAAGGCAAGACAGACUGGCUGAACCGUAGCGAGACUUGCCCAAAUCCGGAGAUUCACACAUUUGAGCCGAAAACUGGGCCAUGGGAAGGUGGCACUAAUAUUACCAUUCGAGGAAUAAAUCUUGGCAAAAACUACAAUGAUAUUUACUCCGGCGUUCGCAUUGCCGGUAUCAAUUGUAUGCCGUUUCAACAGUUGUACAUCGACACCAAACAAAUUGUGUGCACCGUAGACAGUCCGGGCGAGCAAAUGUACCGUAACGGGCGCAUCGUGGUGCAAAUCGGCGACUAUCGUGGAGAAUCCAAAGAGGAUUACGAGUUUGUUGAUCCCAAAAUAUCAAACUUUUACCCAACAUUCGGCCCGACCUCUGGAGGCACAGAAAUUCGGAUAAUCGGCAAACACCUAAAUGCAGGAUCUCGCACUCAGGCCUUCAUUAAUGAUCAUUUGCCCUGCAGAAUUCUCAGUGCUGACUCUUCGCAAGCUAUUUGCCGCACAUCACCCUCACCGGGCAUCAUUGAAGGCCGGCUAAAAAUGUCCUUUGACAAUGGACCUCGUGAAUUUAAUGACUACAACUUCAGAUAUGUCUUAGAUCCCACCGUCGAGCAUAUAAGUUCUGGCCCAAGUGGCCAGAUAAAAGUUCCCAAGGGUAUACCCGCAGGUGGAAUACGCAUUUCGGUGACUGGAACCCAAUUUACUAGUAUCCAAAAUCCUAGCAUAUAUGUCUUUUAUAAGGGGGAAAUGUAUGCCAGCCAAUGCCGCGUUCAGUCAGAUACAGAAAUGGAAUGCGCUUCACCAAUUAUUGAGGCCGAUAGUCAAAACUUGGAUGCCGAGAACCCAACGCUUCUUGAGUACGGUUUCCUUAUGGACAAUGUACUGCGUGUGCAAAAUCUUUCCAAAACGCACAAUAAUCACUUCGAGCUUUACCCCAAUCCAGAAUACUUUGUCUUUGAGGAGCGCGUCAAGUACUUUAAGAGCGAGUAUCUGACUAUUAACGGCCGCAAUUUAGAUCGGGCCUGCAAGGAGAGCGAUGUUCAAGUUAAAAUUGGGAAUGGCUAUUGCAACAUUACGUCCCUAUCGAGACAACAAUUGACAUGCCGGCCACCCACUGAAGCUGCAGCCGCCAGCGAUGGCCCCGGAGGCCCUGAAGUGGUUGUGAGAAUCGGAUCUUCACUAGAGUAUCGAAUCGGCAUCCUUAGCUACGAGACGUCCAACAUAAUUUUGGACUGGGGCGAAAAUGUAGUUUUUGGCGUUAUUGCAAGCAUUGUUAUAUUGCUAUUAAUCUUUGUGGCUUUGCUCGUGGCUUACAAAAAGAAGAGUUCUGAAUCGAAUCGCGUGCUACGUAACAUGCAGGAGCAAAUGGAUAUCCUCGAACUACGUGUGGCAGCCGAAUGCAAGGAGGCGUUUGCUGAACUGCAAACAGAAAUGACUGAUCUUACGGGCGACCUAACCUCGGGCGGCAUUCCAUUCCUGGACUAUCGAUCGUAUGCAAUGAAAAUUUUAUUCCCCAACCAUGAAGACCAUAUUGUUCUUCAAUGGGAACGACCUGAGCUGCUACGCAAGGAGAAAGGCCUACGCCUCUUUGGUCAGCUAAUUAUGAACAAAACUUUUCUGCUGCUGUUUAUACGAACUCUGGAGUCUAACCGCUACUUCUCGAUGCGCGAGCGAGUUAAUGUUGCCUCGCUAAUUAUGGUCACGCUACAAUCAAAGCUGGAGUACUGCACGGAUAUUCUUAAGACAUUGCUGGGAGAUUUGAUUGAGAAGUGUAUUGAAGGCAAAAGCCAUCCAAAAUUGCUGCUGCGGAGAACUGAAAGUGUGGCAGAGAAAAUGUUAAGUGCAUGGUUCACAUUCCUACUCUACAAGUUUCUUAAGGAGUGUGCAGGCGAACCGUUAUACAUGCUUUUCCGUGCGGUUAAAGGACAAGUAGACAAGGGCCCUGUGGAUGCCUGCACUCACGAAGCUCGAUAUUCGCUUAGUGAAGAGAAACUGAUUCGCCAGUCUAUCGAUUUCCGACCAAUGACUGUCUAUGCUAGCAUCAUUCAACAGCCAAUAUUUUGCAAUAACCUGGACAUGCUGCCGUCACAUACCGAAAACGUGUCUGUGAAAGUUCUAGACUGCGACACUAUCGGUCAAGUAAAGGAGAAGUGUCUGGAAACCAUUUACAGAAAUAUACCGUCUAGCCAAAGACCUCGAAAGGAUGACUUAGACCUGGAAUGGCGAACGGGAGCUACUGGACGCGUAAUUCUUUACGAUGAAGACGCCACAUCCAAAACAGAGAGUGAAUGGAAGAAGUUGAACACCCUGCAACACUAUAAUGUUCCAGAUGGAGCCGGUUUAAGCCUAGUGCCCAAGCAGAGUUCCAUCUAUAAUUUCAGUAUUUUGUCAGACAAAAACGAAAAGUCGCACAAGUAUGAAACUCUUAAUUUAUCGAAGUACAACUCCUCCUCCCCGACAUUUAGCCGCGCCGGCAGCCCUCUGAACAACGACAUGCAUGAAAGUGGUCUGAAGUAUUGGCAUUUGGUAAAACACCAUGACAGCGACAUGCAAAAAGAAGGUGAACGUGUUAACAAGCUGGUCUCCGAAAUUUACUUAACACGGCUCCUAGCUACCAAGGGUACGCUUCAAAAAUUCGUGGACGAUCUAUUUGAGACAAUUUUUAGUACUGCUCAUCGUGGCUCGGCUUUGCCAUUGGCCAUUAAAUAUAUGUUUGACUUCCUAGACGACCAAGCUUUACUGCAUGGCAUCACUGAUCCCGAAGUGGUGCAUACGUGGAAGAGCAACAGCCUGCCACUACGUUUUUGGGUGAAUUUGAUCAAGAAUCCUAAUUUUGUUUUUGACAUUCACAAGUCAAACAUUGUUGACUCUUGCCUGUCGGUUGUGGCGCAAACAUUUAUGGAUUCCUGCUCAACUUCAGACCAUAGAUUGGGUAAGGAUUCGCCCAGCUCGAAGCUGUUAUAUGCCAAGGAUAUACCAGAGUAUCGCAAAUGGGUGGAUCGGUAUUAUAGAGAUAUUCGCGACAUGUCACCCAUCUCCGAUCAAGAUAUGAAUGCUAUGCUAGCCGAGGAGUCUAGGCUCCACACAACGGAAUUCAACACGAACUGUGCAUUACACGAAUUAUACACCUAUGCGGUGAAGUACAACGAGCAACUCACUGUAACGCUAGAAGAGGACGAGUUCUCACAAAAGCAACGGCUGGCGUUUAAACUCGAACAGGUUCACAAUAUAAUGUCGGCUGAAUAAAACUGCAGUACCCAUAAUCACCAUAAUCAUCAGCAGCAAAAGAGGGAAUACUCCCACAAUUCGAAACCCUCACCUAUUAGGCGGUAAAAGCCAUUCUUUCUAAGCAACACCAUCUAUGUAUUUUAUUGUACACCAUGUACGUAUGUACGAGUCUCUGUAUGUAUGAAUCUGUAUGUAUAUACCAUGUACCAUUUAAAAGUGAGUUCACUAGCAAUAUCGUAUAGUUCUAUAUUAAUAGAUAUCUGAACACCAUUAGAAUCAGUAAAUUCGCAAAAUAGUUAUAUCUGUUCAAUAAGUUUCUUGAGACUAUAUAUUUUUUCUCUCCAUAUUUAUCCUUGACCCUUGUCUUAAAUCAAAUUUCCAUUACGAAUUUAAAUGUUUAGGGUUAAUACAAUAUAUAGAAGUUAUUUCCGUAAAAAGUACAAGUUCCAAAACAUAUUGGUUUUUGCUCGCAUUUAUCUUGAAAGGGGGUUCCAAUAUUGCUCAACAGCUAGGUUAAUCUCUAAAUUGUGGUUAUUUAGAAACGAACUAUUUUGCGAAUUUCGAACUAACAACAAGCUCUUUGUGGUGUGAUAUUUAAGUGAAAUACGUUAUGUGUGUGUGGAUUAUAAACUUCAACCCAAGCAGAUCGUUGAUCGCUUAUAAGAUAGGUUAGCGUUAACUCAAAAAUAUGUUUUGCCAAUGCUGCCAUAGGAACAACUCUGAUCAAACAUUGACGCCACCUAAAAUGGAUUGGAAUAGGGACUGGUAUAUAGAUGAAUAUAAGCAAAAUGAUGCUUUAGCUAAUGAAAGUAUUCUUUCAUAUCUAAUUGCAUUACCUUUUGGAUAAUAGCGUCCAUCCCAAAACACAUUCAUCCAUUGACAAACAACGCAUAAAUCGUAUGUAUAUAUAUAUACACUAAUAUAUAUAUAUGCACUGUAGCAUUCCGAUCACAAUCACGAAUCACGAUCCCGACUAACUUACCAUUUGAUUCUUUCAUUAUGCAAUGAAAUACUCUAUUGUAUAUUAGUUAGCAUGAGGAAAAAGAAUCAGUUUGGUAUUCGUUGUCGGCAUUGCUCAUUUAAUAAUAUUUAUAAAUGUAUUGUAUGUAUGUAAUAUUAAUGUGUAAGCCCGAUAUUCGAUAUAAAAAUAAUCCAAUCGUAAAAA